CAUCUUCUUCUUUUUUUUGGUAAAAGACUUGAGUUUUCAUCUUCUUCUCCGACUGAGACGAGACGACUACGAUUAGCGACGAGUCUACUUCUCCGACGGGACGACACCACUGCGAUUAGGGUUUUUCUGAAGCACAGGUUUCCAUGUCUAAUCGAAGAAGCAAUAUAGAAAGGUGGAGGCAGACGAACAUGCUGAAGCAUUUGGACCCGAUGAGAGGGACGGAGAACGGCUUCUUCUCUCUGAUCAUGCAGUUUCCCGGUAAUAUCUCUCAGGUUCUCACCUUUCUGGAUACCGAACACGAAAAGGCUUCAGCUGUUGAGAACCAGCUUGAUCGCUCCUGCUACAUAUGGGCAAUUGAAUCUGCCAAGAAACGGUUACAAGAGCUCGACAAGAUCCAUCUUGAAGGACUUAGCCUCUACACUGGCACUAUCAUUGACAAGGAACACACUGACAAGGAAGGCACCACCAUCAUCGAAUUUCAGCCUUUCCAACCCAUAGAAGUCUCUCUUUAUCAGUUUGGUGAUUUCUUUAAUACUGAACCUCUCCAUCAACAACUCACUCCUGCUGAGAAAUAUGGAAUUCUGGUGAUGGAUAAAAGAGGGGUCAUGUUCACAUCAUUGAGAGGCACAAUGCAUGAGGUACUGUAUGAUUACACUUUUCCUGUGGAGCUUCAAUGGUCAUAUGGGCAAAUUCCAAACCGUAGAUGUCUUAAGGUAGUGGCAGGUUAUGCAAACCAGUUUUAUGAUCGUUCAUUCAGGGGAAUAAUAAUUGCUGGUGAGAGUACUUUCAUGUCUUUGUUGAAUGGAGAAUUAAACCUCUUCCUUGCAAGUAGAGUUUUGAAAAUGGUGGAAGUAAACUAUGGUGGGUUUGAUGGUUUCAAUAGAGCAAUGAAUAUGUCAUCUGAUGUCCUCAUAAACCUUAGGUUCACCAUAGAGAAACAGAUGCUCCAAUAUUUUUUCCAUAGGCUUAGAUCUGAGGAUGGGAUGUCUUUUUUGGGGCUUGAUGAUUCACUGAAAUAGAUCUCUGAUGAUACCAUUGCUACCCUCAUCGUUUGGGAAGAUUUAGAGGUUAUGGUGAGAGUUAUGAGAGAUUCUUCAGGUAGAAGGAAAGUUGAAGUGUUGGGAGAAGAAUCAGAAGCAAGAGAUGAAGAAUGGACGGUUGUGGAAAAAUCUAUUUCUCUGCUCUAUUGGCUGGCUAAUAACCAUACUCGACAUCCUUUCAGAUUAGAUAUCAUUACUAACAGUACAGCAGAAGGUAUGCAAUUUUGUAAGGCGUUUAAUGGGAUAGGAGGGCUUUACUGAACAAAAGGAAGGAUGAUGGUGAUGAUUCUCAUAAUGGUGAUGAUGAUGAUGAUGAUGAUGAUUUUUGGGAUGAGUGACAGACCAUGAGAAAGCAGGGGAAGAGGCAAUUUUUGGUAUCAGAGCUUCCACGGUUGUGACCCCUUUCUUUUCUUCUCUUUUAUCUCCUUC